CUCUUGAUGCAUAUAUUUUGGUUCCGACUUUUUUGAAAUCCUAUUCAGACUCGCGCCGGCCGAGGUCGUCGUGGACUUGGCAAUUGCUGGGCCGUACACUACGUCUGUCGUGAACCGAUCGACUUGGAUUUUGCAUGACAUUUUGACCAAGUACGCCCUCAGCUUGAGUGGCGCGUCCGACGUGCCGCGCCUGGCAGCUGCGUUUGCGUCUUGCUCCGACGCGAAUCAAAACACCGCGCUGCACGUCGGGAUUGCUUGCGGCCACGUGGGAUUUUGCUCGACGUUGGUUCGAGACCACGGUGUAGACGUCUUUGCCGUCAAUUUGGAGGGCGAGUCGGCCCUGGAUUUAGCCAGGCGGAGUCCGGACCCGGGUGUGCGGGCGGUGUUUGCCACCAUGGACGUCACGGUGUCGUCGUCGUCCCCGCCGCCGUCCCCGUGGAUCGAAGCGGUGGACGGGCAUGGACGGACGCCGCUGAUGCACGCGGCGCUGGCUGGACACUGGGCCGCCGUGCAGUGGAUGCUUCAACACGGCGCCGACCCAGCGACGAUCCAGGCGUUGGACCUACCGCGAACGGUGCAGCGGGCGGUGGCGGCUAGCCAACAUGCGCAUGUGGUCAUCCACCGCCGCUACGUGGUUCAGACGAUCAUUGGGCCCCAGCAAGAGCGUCACGACGACGAAGUUGGCGAGGGUCUGGCCAUGGACUUGAAGACGGGACACAAUGUACGCCUGGUGACGUUUGCAUCGAAAGAGAAUCUGGCUGCAUAUUGCGCGCGAGUGGACUCGGUGCAGCGACGGUCCCCGUGGUUGUGUGGGGUGGCGGACUGGUUUGAAGACGUCGAGUCGUAUGUGGCGGUCCUGGAGGGAGCAGGGCGAUAUGGAGCUGUCCUCGACUGCGUACGCCCCCCCGCCGCGGCUUCCACCGUGGGGCCUAUGCUAUGUCGCGCCCUGGCGGACGUGCACUCCGGGGGAUUCGUUCACACGGGAUUGGUACGCUCAUUACUAGUAUCGUUGUUUUCUGCCUGUAAAAAUGAACGACUGAAGGUGUGAGCAGAAUCCGGGGAGUUUUGCUUGGAUGGCGCCUGGUGUGGUCAAGAUGCAUGACGUGGCACUCUGUCGUGCAGAGCCGGACGCGUCCGUCAACCCGUUGCACAUGCCGCUGGAAUCCUCUCUUCGAUACCAGAGCCCACGGGUGGCUUCGAGCUUGCUGCCUCGCCCUACAACGACAUCGGUCUACCCAGAGACGAAGAUCGUUGCCAUCAACCAAGCCGACAACCUGUGGACACUUGGCGUCUUGUUGU